GAUCAUUGAACAACGACAACAACAACUUUAACGAUAAGAAGAAACGAAAAGCAUUUCUUGGUGAUACAAUUUUCAAUUCCAAACACUUACGUUAUGAACGAUAAUAAGUGAUGUUUUAGCCAUGAUAAUGUCCAUAUGACGACGACCCAAGUUUGACAAUUUUUGAAACAAAAAAUUAAUGAGAAAAAAAAACAACAAUUAUCCAGAUGAAUCGUUUGGCUAAACAAAUCUUAACAAUAAUAUUGUUAACAUUAUUAGGUUGUCUUUAUAUUCAACAUGUUUCUGUUUAUCAACAAUCAUCUUCGAUUUUAUUGCAACCAAAAUCAUCAGAAAUUGCUCUAAAAUCAUUACCAUUGACGAGAAAUAUUAAUAAUGACCGUAACAAUAAAACAUGUCGACCAAAAUCAAAUAUAGUAUUUAUAAAAGCACAUAAAUGUGCAUCAUCAGCCAUACAAAAUAUAUUUAUGCGUUAUGGUUAUUUUAAUAAAAAAAUAUUUGUUUUACCAAAAGAUGGUAAUUAUUUAGGACAUCCACAAUUAUUUUCACGUUCAUUAGUGCCUGAUCCAAAAUUAUUUCAUUCAAAUUAUAAUAUUUUAACACAUCAUUCACGUUUAAAUUAUCAAGAAAUGAAAAUGUUAAUGCCAAAUAAUACAAUAUUCAUAACUAUAAUACGUAAACCAGUGGAUUUAUUUGAAUCAAUGUUUCAUUAUUAUAAAUUAAAUAGAUUUUGGUCAAUAUCAUUUAAUCGAUUUAAUCGACCAAAUUUAUCAAUACCAAAACGAAUUAGACAAAAUCGUUUUGUUGGAAAAAUUGGUAUCAAUCAAAUAAUGUUCGAUAUGGGAAUGUCGGCAAAAGAUUUUCAAAAUGAUGAUAAAAUUGAAAAAUUUAUUCAAUAUUUAGAUUCAAUAUUUUCAUUGGUAAUGGUUGCUGAACGUAUGGAAGAAUCAUUAAUUUUAUUAAAAAAUUUAUUAUGCUGGAAUUUUGAUGAUGUUGUUGUUUUCAAGGUAAAUGCACGAAACCGAAAUUCCAAACAUAAAAUCAGUUCAACCGGUAUCAAACAUAUUGAAGAAUUGAAUCAUGCUGAUCAAUUAUUGUAUGAUUAUUUUAAUAAAAAAUUUGAUUCAAAAGUUAGAAAAUUUGGACGGGAAAAAAUGAAACAAGAAAUCAAUGAAUUACGUCGACGUACAAAAUUAUAUUAUGAUUAUUGUGUAAAUAAAACAAUAACGAAAAAUCAUAUUAUACGUUUUGUUAGUGAUCGUGAAGAUAAUCUACAAUGUCAAUUUUUAACAAAUAAUGAAUUAACAUUAACAUAUUUUAUACGAAAUGAACAAAUUAAACGAUAUCCAUUAUCAGUCUUCCAAAAUGAUUGACAACAGAAAAAAAUCAAAAUCAAAAAAAUCAAUUUACAAAUCAAAAAUCAUCAUAGUCAAAU